AUGCAAGCUACACACCAACCGUGCAACCCUGCUAUUCCACCUAGCGGAACCCAAGUGCAAGAGAUGUUUGAGCUUUCCACGUGGCUCGAUGAUGUCUUCACCAGCGAGCAACAGCCCACUCCUUUCACUGCUCCAUCACCAGAUCUUGAAAUCGAACCCGACAUGUUUCUUUCCACGCCGAUUGACGGCAUGGACCACGAAGUCGAUAUUAUCGCUUCGUCGGAUGGGCUUUCGUCAUUGGAUUUGUUGGAUAUUAUCCAUCCAGUCUCGCCAACUACUUCACCUUGUGCAUCCAUUACCACUGACAGCCUCGUUCCCGAGAUGGAUGCAUUUAAAUUGCAACCACAAGCAGAACAGCCUGCUGUUUCUCUCCCCCCUACCAAAAGAAAGCAGCCUUCGGCUUCUACUCAUCUAGUCUCUGACUCCAGCGACAAUGAGGAUGCUACACGAAGAAGCCCGAAGAGGCAACGCAAAGCGCAACAUACAACGAAACCCGUCAAGGCGGUUUCGGCUCCGGUCAAGUCAAAACCACAAUCCGUUGUCGCGGCGACAAAGGUUGCUAUUUCAAACCUCAAAACAAAGAUCCCCGACGUUGCUGUCAAGAAGCAAAUCAGACGGGAGAAAAACCGUGAACAUGCCAAGAAGAGCCGAUCGAAGAAGCGUGACUACAACACGGCUCUGGAAGAAUCUGUCAUGGCCCUACGCGAAGAAAACAAAAAAUUGAGAGAAUUGGUCUGCAGCCAAUUCGGAGAGGCCAAGGCCGCGACCAUGGUGAAAGAGCGCAUCCGCACUCCAGAAGACAAAAUGAUCGAGGCCUUGAAGAAGCCAUCCAACAAGGUCCUCAGCAAAAGUGUUGUGCACUUUCUCCAAAGUCUACGAAGUGACAUCAAAAUGAAGCCCAGCAGUGCAAGCAGAUAA